UCUGUGAUAAUUCGGAAUUUAAUUAUCCAAGAUUAAAUUACAGUAACAUAGUACUGAGAUUACAAGAAAUUACCAGUAAACGAUGACGAAUGGAAUAUUUAAUCGGUAAUCAAAACAUAAGCAGAAGGCAUUUAUAUUAGUAAUCUUGAGUGGCUGAUACAUGAGUUAUCUUGCGUAGGUCGUGGCGGUAUUUAGUCUGUUGUUAGUUAAGUAACCCAGCGACAGUGUCUUAGCUAUUUUUCCCAGUUAAUGAGCUUUUUUUUUCAUGUUACGAGUGGAAUAUGUAGCAAGAGCGAGAGUACUGUUUGUGGCUUGAGAUGUUAAUGUAGUGAACGUUUUGGGGAGUUAUUAGUGGGUAGGUGAUAACCUCCUCGCAUGACUAUGGCUCCCAUCUCCAUGGAGUCUUCGUCAGACAAGGCAAGAGUGACGGACGAUCAUCGGCACAGCAGCAAAGAGGACCUCAGAACAGCUGCUGACGAGGAGAGCCAACAGCACCUAGGGGUGCAACGGAUGCAAAAACAGCAGCAGCAGGAACAGGAGACAGACCAGCCACAGGAGAAACAGCAGCAACAGGAUGUGCAGUGCCUGCAGGAUCAGCACCAGCAGGAGGGUCUUCGACCUCCUGACGGAGGCUGGGGCUGGAUGAUAACUGUGGGCGCCUUCUUAAAUGCGUUAACUAUACCGAUGUUGUCCCCGUCCUUCGGUAUUCUGUUCUCUCCUCAACUUCUGGAGUGGCGAGUGUCCAGCACCACCGUCGCUGUCAUCUACAGCGCCUACAUGGUAGUAUGGAAGCUGACUGGUGUCAUCGUGGGCUCCCUGGCACGAGAGUUUGGCUUCAGGAAGGUGGCCAUGACGGGGUCACUGCUCAAUGCCUCCUGCCUCACCUUCAGCGCCUUCGCCACCUCUCCUGUGCUCCUCUUCGUGUUUUUCUCACUCGGAGUGUUGUUUAUAACAAAAGUUUGUGAUCUUCCAGGUCUGGGAAGUGGACUAACAUGUGUGGGCUUCCUAAAUAUUGCUCAGUACUUUGACAAACACCGUGGCUUAGCAAACACCUGUAUGACAGCUGGCAUCGGGCUAGGUAAUUUCAUGGGUCCUCUUCUCAUCGAGCACCUACAGGACGAGUAUGGUUUCCAGGGCGCUACGAUGAUCCUUGGAGCCAUCCUCCUUCACGGGUUCGUGGAAGAGAACUCAGAAAUCACAAAAUGCGACAGUUCCAUCGUCUCUGUUUUGCAGCAGGAAGAUUGUGUGCGGGCAGGCGUAGAGGGACGAACUCAUUCACAUGAAGCAGUAGAAGGUGGCAUGGAAGCAAUGUUCGCUUACAUCUAUUGUCUUCUA